AUGGCACCGAUCCCUCUAUCUCCCGCUCUCAGCAGCGAGGACGUGAACACCUUCCCGUCCGCAGACAACCUUGCAGGAAAGAACGCACUGGUCACUGGCGGAGCUUCAGGAAUUGGCCUCGCCAUCGGGACAACGUUUGCAGAGAAGGGAGCCCAUGUCACAUUGGUCGACAUCAGCGAAGAAGCCGGCAACAAACAUGCCGCAGACCUUCAAUCCCGUGGGCUAAAGGUGCAAUUCGCCCCCGCCGACAUCCGCUCGUGGCGCGCCCAAGUCUCCGCCUUCAAAGCCGCCAUCCAAUUCCAUCCCGCCCAGCGCCUCGACAUCGUCGUCGCCGCCGCCGGCAACUUCUCCACCACCUUCAUCGGCCGCGACGAACAGCCCCUCACUUCCCUCGCCGACGACCCCCCCGAACCUCCCACCAUCGCCUGGGACACCAACGCCAUCGGCACCGGCUUCACCGCAAAACUCUCCCAACUCUACUUCGAGCUCCCGCCGCCCCCCACCACGGAAGGAGAGGAGGAGAAGGAGCAGCAGGAGGAGGAGAAGUCCAACAACGACCCCAAAUCCCUCAUCCUCGUCGCCUCCCUCGCCGCCUACGUCGACAUCCCCCUCAUGGCCGCCUACACCAGCUCCAAAUACGCCGUGCGCGGCCUCUUCCGCAGCAUCCGGCCGCUCCUCGCCGCGCGCGGCAUCCGCGUCAACCUGCUCGCGCCGUGGGCGAUCCCCACGCCCAUGACGGCCGAAUGGAUGCCGCUGUCGCGGGCGGUCGGCGCGCCCGAGGGCCGCAUGGAGCAGGCGGUGGGGGCGGCGCUGAGGUGUGCGAGCGACGCCGGCGUGGUCGGACGCGCGUUGGCGGUGGGGCCGCAUCGCGUGCUGGAUUUGGGGGAUGAUGUGGAGGGGUGGGAUGCGGGGAGGGCGAUGGGGGUCGAGAUGUUGGGGGGUGAUAUUAAGGGCUGGGAGGUGCAGGUUGAGGGGAUGGAAGGGAAAAUGCUCGAUGCUUGGGACGAGGAUCAUCAGCAGGCAGAGGCGGUAAAAUCCCGGUGGUGGCGGGGAAGAAGACUGGGACAGGCAAUCGAUAUCCGGCGACCCACCAUACCACCGCCAACAUAUGAUUACCAAUCAGCUGUCAGCUUCCUCUUCAUGUCGAAUGCGUACCCCGCAUCAGCCAGUCGCAAACUGCGGCACGCUUCCCUCACAACAAUAAUGUCUGGCAAGAAAGUCUUCAUCGUUGGGCCCGGCUUCAUCGGCUGGAACGUGCUCGACCUGCUCGUCGCCGAAGGCUACCACGUCACCGGCCUUGUGCGCCGCGAGCAGCACGCCGCGGGAAUCAAAAAGUCGGGCGCGGAGGCAGUCUUCGGCGACCUAGACGACAAGCCGCUCAUCACCCAGCACACAGCAGAGUCCGACAUCGUCAUCCACACGGCUACAGCCGACCACCUCGCCUCAGUCGAAGCCAUCCUCGACGGGAUCCGCCAACGCGCCGCCACCAACAACCACACCAUCUACAUCCACACGUCCGGCACCUCCCUCCUCGACGACAACGCCCUCGGCGCCUUCAAAAGCCCCACCAUCUACACCGACGCCUCCCCCUCCACCAUCGACGCCCUCCCCUCCACGCAGCCCCACCGCUUCGUCGACCUCGCCAUCGCCCACGCCGCCCGCCACGACGCCCUCCUCAGCACCCCCAACGCCAAACUCGCCAUCAUGAUCCCGCCCGAGAUCUACGGCUGGAACGCGUCCCACCAGCGCCUCACGAUCCAGCUCCCGACCAUCGCGCGCUUCGCGCUCGCGCGCGGGUGGGCCGGCCACGUCGGCCGCGGCUUCAGCGUCGAGUCGCAGAUCCACGUCAAAGACUUGGCGCGGGCGUACGUCGUGCUGCUGCACGCGCUCGAGCGGAGCCGCGACGACGCCGCCGGCGACGACGGCGCCUGGCUCCGGCGCAACCCGUACUUUUUCUGCGAGAACGGCCGCGAGUUCUCGUGGAAGGAGGUCGCGGACGGCGUGGCGGCGAGCCUGGUCAAGGCGGGGAGGCUGCCAGUGCCGCACGACGACGACGACGGCGCGGAGCUGGUCCGCGAGUUCGAUCGCGAGGCCGGGGAUUGGGAUCAGUUGUUUGCGGCGGGGACGGGGCCGGCCAUCGGGCUUAAUUCGAGGAGUAGGGCUGUGAGGCUGAGAGAGAUGGGAUGGGCGCCGGUUGAGAAGGGUAUUUGGGAGAGUUGGGAGGAGGACGAGCUGCCUGCGGUGCUGAGGGAGUGGGAUGCGAGGCCUGAGGCGGACCGGACGAGUGCGUAUAUGGCGAGGGUGGUGUGA